UAAAAACAGCUGAUUAUGACGGAACGAAAAAGAAAGAAAAAUAUUAUGAAACAUUCAUAAUAUAAAGGUGAUUUUUUCGUAAAUAAAAUUAAGUGCAACUAAAGAAAAGUAUGCCGAACGUUAAAAUGGUGAACGUUGUUGUGAAGAGUUUAUUUAUACCUUCGUAUAACUUAUAUCGGACAUUGAAAACUGUUUGCCCGCGAGUUAGAUUUGCGCCUAGUCCCACAGGUUAUUUACAUUUAGGUGGUUUAAGGACCGCUCUUUAUAAUUAUUUAUUUGCGAAAUCACGCGGCGGUAUAUUUAUUUUACGGAUAGAAGAUACAGAUCAAACUAGAAAAGUGCCGGGUUCGGUAAAUGCUCUUGUAAAGGAUUUAAAUUGGGCAGGCGUUGAAUAUGAUGAAGGACCGGAGAAAGACAGUCAAUAUGGACCAUAUAUUCAAAGUGAACGAUUGAACAUAUAUAAAGACCAUAUAACUAAAUUACUUGACAAUGGAUCAGCAUACCAUUGCUUCUGUACAGAAAGGAGACUUAAUAUAUUGAGGAGAGAUGCUGUUAAGUUGCAAAGAGUGCCUAAGUAUGACAAUCGGUGCAGGCAUCUAACACGGGAAGAGGUCAAGGAAAAGUUGAAGUCGGGAAUCCCUUAUUGUAUUAGAUUUAAGCUUACUUCAGAUGUCCAGUAUUACGAAGAUAUGGUGUUUGGUAACAUAGCUUAUGAUGUAUCUCUUAAUGAAGGCGAUCCAGUACUCAUAAAAGGAGAUGGAUACCCAACAUAUCAUUUUGCGAAUGUUGUCGAUGACCACCUUAUGGGUAUUACUCAUGUAUUACGCGGAGUGGAGUGGCAGAUAUCUACAACGAAACAUUUAUUGAUCUACAGAGCUUUCGGGUGGAUACCACCAGAAUUCGGUCACUUACCACUGAUCGUGAAUUCAGAUGGUACAAAACUAAGCAAAAGACAGAGUGACGUCAAAGUGGAAGAUUAUAGGAGGAAUGGUAUUCUUCCGUUAGCUUUAGUGAAUUACAUAACAUUAUCUGGCGGCGGCUUCGAGCAUGUCGUCGGCGAAGGAAUUCGCCUGAAGACAAUGGAGGAAUUAACUCAAGAGUUCCAGAUAAACAGGAUCUCGUCACAUCCUAGUCGUUUAAAUCCAGAUUUACUAGAGGAAUGCAAUCGAUUGGAGAUAAAACGGCAACUCCAAGACGUCACACUAUCAGAACAACUGGUCGAUAAUUUGCAAGAAUUAAUAAAAACCACUUAUCCAGAACACAAUUUAAAUGUUUCCAAAGAACAUGUAAAGAAUAUAUUAAAUUGGGCCACAUCUAGAAUAACAAGAAUAGAAGAAUUAGUUUCGACAAAAUUCGCAUUCAUGUGGAUUCUCCCGACCAUAGACAAGAUGGACAUAGACAAUCAAUUAUUGGAGAAGUUAGUUCAGAAUUUGGAGAAAAUAGAAAUCUUUGAAGAAGACUCCCUCAAGAAUAAUUUACGAAAUUUCUCAGAAGAGAAUAAAGUUAAAUUUCCGGCGCUGAUGAAAAUGCUGAGAUCAGUUCUCAGUGGGUUAAAGGAAGGUCCAGGGGUCGCGGAAAUGAUGCAUUUAUUAGGGAAAAAUCAAUCUUUAGAAAGAAUAAAAGCUGUUAUACGAUAA